AUGAGUGGUCCUCCUAAAAGAUCUCAUGAAGAGGGUGGUCAUUCCUCUACCCCGAAAUACCCAAAUGAAGAUACGAGCACAUACCCCAAAAUUGCACCUGGCGGGGUUUCUAGCGAGUACCAUUCUCCAUAUGACAUGAGCCAGGAUGCUCGUGCAGCAAAGCUUUCUCGCGAUGCAGAUAGAAAAUCCCCCCUUCAUUCACUGUACAGAAUGUCAUCUGCUUCGAAUGAUUCUUAUAUGGAUACACAUCCUGUCACUUCUGAUAGCCGGCUGGAACUAAGAGAUCCGAAAGACGUCAGAGAGCAUCGAAUUGACAACAGAGAUCAAAGAACUGAAGCAAGAGAGAUUUAUAGUGAUCCUAAGAGGGAUACUCAAAGUGUUAAACCUGAUAAGGAUACCAGGUUGGAGAGUAGAGGAGAUGAUAAUAAGGAGACAAAGCAUGAAAGGGAGGCCAUUAACGAUGCAAAGCACAACGAAGUGAAGUUGGAAAAGGAUGCUUUGAUUUCAGCGAGCAGUCAAAUGACAUGGAAAGAACCUAAAGAAUAUCAUAGAGGAAAGAGAUACUCCGAAUCUCCUAACACUCAUGCUGAUCCUUGGCACACGUCGCAUAGCAAUCCCCAAGGCCAGCCUGAGAUUAGCAAGGAAGGACAACCUUUUGAAGACAGGGACCAUGGAGAGACAUGUGAAACGGUUGGCGAAAAUAAAGUUGACUCAAAAAAUGAGGAUAGAUGCAAAGACAAGGAUAGGAAAAGGAAAGAUCUGAAGUAUCGGGAGUGGGGCGAGAAAGAAAGAAAUGAUCGUAGGGCCAACUUCCAGAUGGGUAACAGCAGCGGUGAUGUAAAAGAUUCAGCAAGAGAGGAACGAGAACUGGAUGGGUGGGAGAGGGAAAGGAAGGAUCUUCCAAAGGACAGGGAAAAGCCAAAGGAUAAUACCAAACGAGAAUCAUGGAAUGGUGUAGACAAAGAAAGUUCCCACAAUGAGAAAGACAUGGGCGAUGCGUCUGCCAGAGUACCCGAGCCUGAAAAUCCAGCUUUGGAACAGAAAAAAUCCAAAGACUUUGAUGCCUGGAAAAAUAUCGACAGAGAAAAUAGAGAAAGGAGAAAAGAGAAAGAUGCUGUUAUUGACGGAGAUAGACCAGAGAAGCGCAUCAGGUUGGCUGAUAAAGAGUGUGAUGAUGGAUUGCCAGAUGGUGAAGGAGGUACAGAAAGGGAUCGUGAUGCUUUUAACUACGGGGUCCAGCAACGUAAGAGGAUGCUGCGGUCAAGGGGCAGCCUUCAGGUCUCAAAUCGCGAGCGCUUGAAGCCACGUGCUCAGGAAAAUGAAGGCAUUGCUGAUGAUUCAGGGAAAUCUGAGGUAUCCUCUGUUGUAUACAAAGUAGGGGAAUGCAUGCAGGAUCUGAUAAAGAUGUGGAAAGACUAUGAAUCAAUGGAAUCUGAAAAAAAUGGUGAUAACGCUCAGAACAGCCCCACUCUUGAAAUUCGGAUACCAGCAGAGAACGUCACAGCUACAAAUCGCCAAGUCAGAGGUGGUCAACUUUGGGGGACAGAUAUAUACACGGAUGACUCAGAUCUUGUUGCUGUUCUUAUGCAUACGGGAUACUGCCGGCCCACUGCUUCUCCUCCUCCACCUGCUAUCCAAGACUUGCGUGCCACCAUAAGGGUUUUGCCUCCACAAGACAGUUAUACUUCAAUGCUGAGAAAUAAUGUCCGCUCCCGUGCCUGGGGAGCUGGAAUUGGUUGUAGCUACCGUGUGGAGCGCUGUUGCAUUGUGAAGAAAGGAGGAGGAACCAUCGAUCUUGAACCUUGUCUGUCACAUACGUCUGCUGUUGAGCCUACUCUUGCCCCCGUUGCUGUUGAGCGGACAAUGACCACAAGAGCUGCAGCUUCAAAUGCAUUACGGCAACAAAGAUUUGUCCGUGAAGUUACAAUACAGUACAACCUUUGCAAUGAGCCCUGGAUAAAGUACAGCAUCAGUGUUGUUGCUGACAAGGGCCUAAAAAAGCCGCUUUAUACUUCUGCACGCUUGAAGAAAGGAGAAGUUCUGUAUCUGGAAACCCACUCUUGCAGGUAUGAGCUGUGUUUUACCGGAGAGAAAAUGGUUAGGUCUUCUCAGCCCCAACAGCAAGAAGAUGCAGAAAAAUCACAUAGUCAUCCUCCUCCACAUUCAUCCAACGGUGACAGUUCGGAUAGCAUUCUGAUCGAUGCGUUCCGGUGGUCCCACUGUAAGAAGCCCCUGCCACAGAAGUUGAUGCGGUCUGUUGGGAUCCCACUUCCUCCAGAACAUGUCGAGGUAUUAGAGGAGAACUUGGAGUGGGAAGAUGUGCAGUGGUCGCAGACAGGGGUGUUCAUAGCUGGAAAAGAGUACACACUAGCAAGGGUUCAUUUUCUGUCCCCCUAA